UUUGGUUGCGGCUGUCCCUCUCUCUCUCUCUCUAUCUUUCGUCUCUCUCUCUGUCUGUCUUUUUGAGUCUCUGUGGAGUUGCUUCUUUCUUGGGUCAUCGUAUAUAUUCACACAUAAACUGUGUGAUCAAGCUCCAAUAACCAAAUCCAAAGGAAGACUCUUUUCUCUUUUUCUGUUCUUUCUUUUUUUUUUUUUUUUUUCUUUCAAGGAAGAAAGAAAAUGGCUCUCAGACUGAAUUCAACCGUGGUAUUACCGUCCCAUAGAAUCCCUUUCAAACACCGCACUUUCAGAUCUCCAAGAGUCUCUAUGGCAUCCACUCUCCACUCAAUCUCUACAGAUACAGGAAAUACAAAGAAACCUUACUGCCCUCCACGUGAGGUACAUGUUCAAGUGACUCAUUCCAUGUCACCUCAAAAGAUUGAGAUAUUCAAAUCAUUAGAAGGUUGGGCUGAGGAUAAUGUCUUGGUGCACUUAAAACCUGUUGAGAAAUGUUGGCAGCCACAAGAUUUUCUGCCAGAGCCUGAAUCUGAUGGGUUUUAUGAGCAAGUCAAAGAGUUAAGGGAGAGAGCAAAGGAAAUUCCUGAUGACUAUUUUGUUGUGUUAGUGGGAGAUAUGAUUACUGAAGAAGCCCUUCCAACUUACCAGACUAUGCUCAAUACCCUAGAUGGAGUUCGAGAUGAGACUGGUGCAAGCUUGACUUCUUGGGCCAUAUGGACUAGGGCAUGGACUGCGGAAGAGAACAGGCAUGGAGAUCUCCUUAACAAAUAUCUUUAUCUCUCUGGACGAGUAGACAUGAAGCAAAUUGAGAAGACCAUUCAGUAUCUCAUUGGGUCAGGCAUGGAUCCUAAAACGGAGAACAACCCCUACCUUGGUUUCAUCUACACUUCAUUUCAAGAGAGGGCAACAUUCAUAUCCCAUGGGAAUACGGCCAGGCUAGCAAAAGAUCAUGGUGACUUGAAAUUAGCACAGAUAUGUGGUACGAUUGCUGCUGAUGAAAAACGCCAUGAAACUGCCUACACAAAGAUUGUUGAGAAGCUCUUUGAGAUCGACCCAGAUGCCACCGUCAUGUCUUUAGCUGACAUGAUGAAGAAAAAAAUAUCGAUGCCAGCCCACUUGAUGUAUGAUGGAAAAGAUGAUAACCUUUUUGAUCACUUCUCAGCUGUAGCUCAACGGCUUGGAGUUUAUACUGCCAAGGAUUAUGCUGAUAUUUUGGAGUUUCUGGUUGGAAGAUGGAAAAUAGAGAACAUGACUGGUCUUUCUGGCGAGGGACGUAGAGCGCAGGAAUUUGUUUGUGGAUUGCCCCAGAGGAUUAGAAGGUUGGAGGAGAGGGCUCAGGGAAGGGCCAAGGAAUUAUCUCCAGUUCCAUUCAGUUGGGUUUUUGAUAGAUCAAUUAAGAUUUAGGUGCUGGUUGACUACGAUUCGACUCACCUAUCUCUUUCUCAUAGAGUAUAAAAGAUAAAGAGGAUAGAAAUCCCCAAACUACGAUUCAACCUUUGGGUUGGGAGAGCUGCUUUGUAGAUAAAGUUGUUUUUCUUGCAUUGUGGGCAUCGAAGGAGUACCAUAAAACUACAGCUCCGUGUGUGUUCUUUUUGUAUUUUACGCUCUUUAGCGUAGAAACUAGAAGGUUUUUCGUUUAUUGUUUUUGAAGUCUAUAUAACUAGAAAAUGUUUCAUGUUUUUUGAAUGCUUGAGAGCCGAAUAGAAUGUUUUAUUUGUAGUUUGUUUCUA